AUGCCGAGAAGAUCACUGAAAAAUGGUCCAUCAUCUAGAGGUGCUCGAAAUGGGAGAUAUACUUCCAAUAAUCGAAGGAAAAGAAAGAGCAAAGGAACGUCAAAUAACCAUAGAGGUCUGAGAACUACAGGAAUUAAUGUACCAGAACUUAUGGAUUUAGAUGACAACGUUUAUAUUCCAAGGGCUUCGGGAGGUAAAAAUACCAUGCUUGAGCUCUCAAAGAGGCCAGGAAGGUUAGUAGAUGAAGUUGCUUAUACGAGUUCGCAUCAAGACAAUAUCUUCAGUAGAAAGUUGCGAGAUAGACCGGUUGAAUUUGUUAAAGCAAAGGAGAUAUAUAAUCCGAAUGAUGAACUUCUCAAAAAUUUGAAGUCAGCAAAUGAAAAAGCCGAGACUAUAGAACCAGGGGAGUCUAAACAAGGAUCUGAAGCCGGAUCAGAAGAGUGCUCUUCAGGAGAUUCUACAGGAAGCUCUUCGGCAUUGAAUACACUUGAAGAUGAAAAGAAGCGUAUCGCUGACGAUUUGGUUUCAAUCGAAAAGUUAUCUAUUGGGUCUAAAUUUGAUACAGAUGCAGAUAUCUCGUCAGAUGCAAGUGAGUCAUCAUUUUCGGAAGAUGCAUCUGGUCAUGUAGAAUAUGAGUCUGAUGGUGACAGCAUUCAGCUAGAAGAGGAAGACGUCCCUGUGCUCGAUGAGGUACUAGACAAAGAUGAACAAGAAGAUAGUGAUAAUGUUAACAAGUCGAAUGAUGACCCAGAAUACGGGUUUUUAUCUGAAGACUACGAAUUCGAUGUCUCCUCUUUAACUGUUUCAAAUAUAAGAUACGGCAUUCAAAAUCAAUAUUAUGUGAAAAAUGCCGAGCUUUUUGGAGAUGACUUUACAUGGAUGGAUGAGGAUGAUUUAUUUGAAUUCGUUACAGCGAAAGGCGUCAGAGAACACCGGUUUGAUAGCUUUUUAAAGUUCAUGACUAGGGACUUUAUUAACAGCGGUGCUGAGGAGUCUAAUGACUCAGAUGUAUACAUAUCAGAUAGCUCGGAUGAUGAUCUCUCGUUGAACGAUAAUCAAAAGUGCAUUGACGAUGAUAUUGGAGACGAGGAUGAUGGCAUUGAAGACUUAAUAAACUUUACGAAAAACCUGAAAUUUGGUAGCUCAGAAUACGAACCACCAACGCAAACAAUGACCAUGAUAGGUAGUGGAAGAAACAAGCGACUAGAUUUGGAUAGGUUGGAUUUAGAUGAUGAAAUUAGAGAAUCGUUACAAGAGCAAUUUCAAAUUCGACGUCAAAGUAAAAAGACAAAGAAAAAAGAUCAUGAAAACCUUAUCAUUCAAGAGGGCUUACUUUCCAAUGAUCUCUGUGUAAAGUAUCAGUAUCAGUUGCAUAUUAGAGACAUUAAAUAUGAACUUGAUAGUUUUCUUCAUGAUUCGGCUCGUGAUUUUGUCAGUUUCCCCCCUCUUGAUCCUCAUGGAAAUAAAACGGUGUCAAAAAUGGCUGAUUACUUCAACUUAAAAUCACUGAAAUGUGGAAGAGGGACCAAGCAGUUUAUUAGAGUGACGAAAACAAAGAGAACAUUUCGAUAUUUGCCCAAUUAUGAUCAAAUUGGAAGAAUCUUGAGACAGAGACCAAUUUUUAAGAGAAGAGAUCAAGAACAACCAAUUAUGCCUGGAAAUAAGAAAGAUAGAAAUAAGAAAAGCACCACUGUUCUAAAAGAUGGCGAUAUUGUAGGUGCAAAUGCUCCUGAAAUCGAUCCAACUAACAUUGGUCGUCAACUAUUAGAGAAAUUGGGAUGGGUUAAAGGCGAGGGCCUCGGUGCACUUGGAAAUAAAGGAAUAAGCGUGCCUCUUACAGCUAAAGUAAAGAAAUCAAAAUCUGGGCUUGGUUAG